CUUUCUGGAAUAAGAAGAAGAAGCCCUAGGUCAUCCAGGUUCGCCAUUUCCAUCGCAAUUUUCACGAGAAACGCUGAUAUUCUCCUUUGAUCCAAUAUGUUGAGGGUAGCGGGGAGGAGGCUGUCUUCUCUCGGGUGGCGCUCCGGUCCGAAUUCGUCGGCCGCCGCCGUUGCGGGGUCCAGGAGCCCAUUAACCGCCUUUGAUUCAUCCUCGGAUGGACGCACCGGAACCGUAUCGUCGCCAGCGCACUCAAUCUCUUUUGGGGGAUCCUUUCUCGAUCAAAUCAGAGGGUUUUCCUCCGGUGCUGUCACACAUGGGCAGGAAACAGGUCUGAUUUCAGAUGUCCCUGCCACAGUGGCUGCAAUCAAGAAUCCCACUUCAAAGAUCGUCUACGAUGAGCACAACCACGAGCGAUAUCCCCCAGGUGAUCCGAGCAAGCGUGCAUUUGCAUACUUUGUGUUGACCGGAGGCAGGUUUGUCUAUGCAUCAUUGGCCCGUCUCCUCGUCCUGAAAUUUGUUUUGAGCAUGUCUGCCAGCAAAGACGUCCUUGCCCUUGCUUCCCUUGAGGUCGAUCUGUCCAGCAUUGAGCCUGGCACAACUGUCACCGUCAAGUGGCGUGGGAAGCCAGUUUUCAUCAGGCGUCGAACUGAAGAUGACAUCAAUUUAGCCAACAGCGUCGAUGUUGGUUCCCUUCGAGAUCCCCAGGAAGAUGCUAUAAGGGUUAAGAAUCCCGAAUGGCUUGUUGUCAUUGGAGUAUGCACUCAUUUGGGAUGCAUUCCCUUACCUAAUGCCGGGGACUUUGGUGGCUGGUUUUGCCCUUGCCAUGGAUCCCAUUAUGACAUCUCUGGUAGGAUUCGCAAAGGACCUGCUCCGUACAAUCUGGAGGUUCCCACUUACACCUUUUUGGAUGAGAACAAGUUACUGAUCGGUUAAGCGUGAUAAUAUAUAUAAGGGAUGUGCUUUACCCCCUAUCCUGGCAGAACCAGAACUAUGGAGAUUUCUCAUUUUUAUACUCUUGUAAUUGUUAUUUUCAUUCGUCAAAAGGUUUUAUUCUCUCUCCGAUCCAAAUGUUCCAGCAGUCGAAGGUACUCUUACGAUUCUAAAUAAUUCUGCUGGCUAGUUGUUUCUUGGUCCUUUGGCCAAGUUUGUACUAAGAAUAGGAAUAAAUACUCGAUUUGCUUUA